AUGAUAAAGAAGGAAUCUCGUCGAACCAGCAGCCCCUCACCUUCUUCGGAAAGCGUUGCAAAUGAAUCUCUGGCGACUACAACAUCGAGAAGGAGUCCAUCCUUCAUCUCGUACUCCGCCACUGCCUCAGUCGCCGAUGCCUCAAAGGUAUGUUCUUUAUGUCUUAAAUCCCAUACCUCCGUGCGAGACGGAGACAUAGUCCUGUCUCACGGAAUGAAGCUCUCUUCUGCUGGUUUAAGUCAGCAGUCUCCCGAAGGGGAUAAGAAUUUUCUGAAUUCUGAACUUUGGCAUAUCUGUGCCGCUCCUCUUGUUUCUUUACCUGCUGAUGGGAGCCAUGUGGUGUAUUUUUCGCAGGGUCACAGCAAACAGAUUGCUAUAUCAACCAAUAAGGAAGUUGAUGCACACAUACCAAACUACCCGAGCUUGCCUCCACAACUAAUUUGUCAACUUCAUAAUGUGACAAUGCAUGCUGGUAUCGAGACAGAUGACGUUUAUGCUCAAAUGACCUUGCAACCGCUGAGCCCACAAGAGCAAAAGGAUGUUAAUUUCCUUCCUGCAGAUUUGGGUGCUCCCAGCAAACAGCCGAUGAAUUACUUUUGCAAAACAUUAACGGCGAGUAUUACAAGUACUUAUGGUGGAUUUUCGCAAUUCUUGGAAUGUUGUAUAUUAGGGGAUAAGAAUUUUCUGAAUUCUGAACUUUGGCAUAUCUGUGCUGCUCCUCUUGUUUCUUUACCUGCUGAUGGGAGCCAUGUGGUGUAUUUUUCGCAGGGUCACAGCAAACAGGCCGGUAUCGAGACAGAUGACGUUUAUGCUCAAAUGACCUUGCAACCGCUGAGCCCACAAGAGCAAAAGGAUGUUAAUUUCCUUCCUGCAGAUCUGGGUGCUCCCAGCAAACAGCCGAUGAAUUACUUUUGCAAAACAUUAACAGCGAGUAUUACAAGUACUUAUGGUGGAUUUUCGCAAUUCUUGGAAUGUUGUAUAUCAGGUAUGCCAAGUGCAACUUAA